AGGGGGGACCAACCCGGUACUAGAUUGGUGUACCUAAUAAACUGUCCACUGAGUGUAAUAUCUUUUGAAUUAGUUAUCGACGUUGCAAUGGUUUGAAACGUGAGCUUUUAUUUUGAAGGUUUUAAUUAUUACUAUACGAAAGUGAUGUCAUUAUUUGUGCUCCUGGUAGUAGGUGAGCACGAAUGAUGUAAAUGUCAUAGGUGCGGACCCAAACACGCCAGUCCAACAUGGCGUCGUUGUCUUCACCUCUUCGCCUUUGCCGGGGGAUCCUGAGGGAGAUACGAGCGAUUAAAGGACUGGAAUACAAACAGUCUUUGGCAUACAAUUAUGUUUUAGAUCAAUUCCGUAAAAACCAGAUCACUGGGGAGAGAUAUUGCCGUGCUCAGGAGGAGGCCCUCCAUGCUUCGCACAGCUACCUCUGUCUGCUCACCUCCACCCGGCAACACAUGGCUCUCUACGACAUGUACCAUGGGAAAGGGCAGCGUGACACAGAGGAGAUGGCAGGAAUUGUGGGGCUCAGGCUGCCCACUCAGCCUGGAGGGAAGGGCUGGGAGAAGUGAGAGAAGGGAUGGGAGAAGACUCUCGUACAACACCAGAGGGUUGUAAAUCAUCACGCUGGACCUAAUGCUAUUUUGCUCUUUUACAAAACAGAGGAAGAGAUGAAGGACUGUGAAUUGUGAUUUUAUACAAGGGAGGAUCAAAGCUAUUAGAAAUAUGAGAUUCCCAGCUCUCCCUACCACUCCUCACUUUCUAUGUCUGUCUCAAGACAAUGGCUGUAAUUAAAAUCUUUGUAAAUACAAUGGGACAAAUUUAGCCAAUUAAAGUAUUAAUCACUUUUAUUGGGUCACCAUGACAUCACACUUUUCUUGCAAUCCGUAUGCUGCUAGUGCCUGUUAAUAAUCUGCUAAUAAAACAUAAGCAAUUAAAUAAUGAUA